AUGUCAUUAACAAAACAAGUUGUUAUUAUUGGUGGUGGGAUAUCAGGUUUAAAAACAUUCACGACCCUUCAAGAACAUAUCAACCCAGAUAAAAUAUUAAUAAUUGAGGCAGAUAAUAGACUAGGUGGUCGUUUAAAGUCUACAAAUCCAAAAGAUUCAAAAUUGGGAAUUAGUUAUGAUAUUGGAGCUUCUUGGUUUCAUGAUAGUUUAAACAAUAUAUUACUUGAUGAUUUAUUGGCUGAAAGAGUUGUGGGUGUUGAUGAUGUUUAUUAUGAUGAUAGAGAUGCUUCUGUCUAUGACUCAACCGGUGAGAUUGAUAUUGUUGGUUUGAAGUUGAAUAGGGUGUUGGAAGAUCUUGAAAAGUUUAUUGAGAUAUAUUAUCAUGAGGAUAUUAAUAGGGCUGACAUGUCAUUAAAAGACAUUUCUGAAGUGUUUAUUAAAAUGCAUGGAUUGUUAUUGAAUGGAAAGCAAAAAGAAUAUGCCGGUCGUAUGAUUAGAUAUAUGGAAUUAUGGUACGGUAUACCUUACGAUUUAAUAAGUGGUAAAUAUUCAAUUAUGGAUCAUCAAGGACGUAAUUUAUUAAAUAAAGAGACAUACAGUGAGAAUCUACUCAAAUGGAUCAUUUCUAAAAUUCCAAAUUCUUCAAUUCGUUUAAAUGAUCCCGUCACAUCAAGUAAACGAGGUAUCAAAGAUGGUAAACGGUGUUCUAUAAAAACUAAGAGUGGUCUAGUUGUCAAUUGUGAUUAUUUAAUUGUUACUGUUCCAUUAUCUAAAUUACAAGAUGAUUCAAUAAAUUGGAGUCCACCAUUACCGUCUAAUAUCUCAACGGCAUUAAAUUCAAUUCAUUUUGGAGCAUUAGGAAAAGUCAUAUUUGAAUUUCAAAACAUAUGGUGGGAUAACAAACAAGAUAGAUUUCAAAUAUUACCUAACAAAAUAGAAUCUCAAGUUCAUGAAAAAUUAACAAUCAUGCCUCAACCAUUCACGUACCCGAUCUUUGCUGUAAACUUUUCAAAAGUACAUAAUAUCAACAAAGGAAGUCUAGUCAUACUUACACAAUCACCACUUACUGAAUACCUUGAAUCAACUACUCCCGAAAACGUCUGGAAAUAUUAUAAACCAAUGUUGCAAAUUAUAGCAAUUAGUCAAAUUGAAGAUCCGAUAAAUAUAAUAACUACUAAUUGGACAAACAAUGAGUUUAUUAAAGGAUCUUAUUCUGCUUUACAUACUCAUGACGAUCCAUCUGAAAUUAUAAUCCAAUUAAGUAAUGAAAAUGAAGUUCCUAAUAUUGGAUUAGAUGACAAAUAUAUUAGAUUUUGUGGUGAGCAUACUAUUAGUGAUGGUGCUGGAUGUGUUCAUGGAGCUUAUAUGAGUGGAAUAAGAGAGGCUAACUACAUAUUAAAAGAUCUAAAUAUCCAAUUUUAA